ACAGCCAUACCAAAACAUAUGUAAGAUCCAAAAACAUUAUCACAAAAACCCCAAUUUCCAAAAACGCCUUGCCUGGAUUAAACACUGCAAAAGCUUAACUACAUUCUCAAAAAUGGUUGAGUCCAAUAACGAAAGCACCCCGAAGAAGGGUGUUGCACAAGGAUUUGGAGGCCUUAUAAAGUUCCUCCCAACAGGAACAGUCUUCUUGUUCCAGUUUCUCAACCCUGCUGUCACAAACUAUGGCAAAUGCAGCACUGCAAACAAGUGCCUAGAAGCCAUUCUCAUCUGCUUCUGCGGCCUCUCUUGUUUCUUCUCUUGCUUCACUGAUAGUUACAAAAAAGAUGGAAAGAUCUACCAUGGUAUCGUCACCAAAAAUGGCCUUUGGUUGUCAUCACCUCCAUCUGAAUCCUUAGAUGAUUUAAAAGCAGCUAAAUAUAGGCUAAAGGUUUCAGACCUUGUGCAUGCUUUCUUUUCACUGGUUGUGUUCGCUGCCUUGUCGCUUCUUGAUUCGAACACAGUGAGGUGCUUGUACCCGAGGCUUGAGUCCACAGGUUCGCAGAAAACUCUUAUCGGAGUUUUGCCUCCGGUUCUUGGUGUAGUUUCUGGAGCUAUGUGUACGAUGUUUCCUAGUGACCGCCAUGGCAUUGGAUAUACCCCAAGCAGUACUACCGGUUCUUCAGAGAAAACUUCCAAUAACUCCAUCAGUGAGAUGGAAAAAUCUGCGAACAAAUGAAGAUUUCGAUAUCUCUGGGGCAAGAGCCUUUACUUAUUAAUGUUAAUUAUAGUUAAAGGGUGUUGCUACUUAGACGUAUUACUAUUUAUGCAUAUAUAUGUAACU